AUGGACAAGAACUGGAUGCACGUGCCAAAUAGGUUUACGUCAGCUGAAUAUAGUGAAGGGGUUAAUAAACUCCUCACUAUGGCAAGAGCCCAUGCACUUGAAAGUACUACUUUUAGGUGUCCAUGUCGGAGAUGCCGUAAUAACCUAUUCCUAUCAAUCAAUGAAGUCGAAGAUCAUCUCUUCAUGAACGGUAUUGAUCCAAGUUAUACACAUUGGAUCUUUCAUGGGGAGGGUGAAAGCUGUUUUGUGAAUUCGUCUUACAGUAAUGAUGAUGGCUUUGAUCCAACUCGUAACUUUGUUGAUGAUAUGGAUGACAUGCUAGAGGACACGCGGGCUGGGACAUUCAUGGACCAUGCCCGUGUCCCACAUGAAGAUGGGCCGACUUGCCCGCCAACCGGCAAUGACGGGCAAUCAAAAACAUUUGACCAAUUAUUUGACGAUGCAAAACGUCCACUUUAUCCAAGUUGCGAGAAGUUCUCAAAGCUCUCAUUUAUAGUGAAGUUGCUUCAUAUCAAAACUGUUGGUGGUUGGACUAUCAAGUCAUUUAAUAUGGUUUUAGAACUGUUAAAGGCAGCGUUUCCAGAUAUUGAAAUACCUGGCUCAUAUCACGAGGCCCGACGCUUAGAGCGUGGGUUGGGUUUCAGUUAUGUGAAGAUACAUGCCUGUCCAAAUGACUGCAUGCUUUUUUGGAAUAACGAUGCGGACAAAGAAUUUUGUCCUAAAUGCAAUGAGUCGCGGUGGGAGUCAACGAGUGGGAAAAAGGGGAAGAUUCCCCAAAAGGUGUUGCGCUACUUUCCUCUGAUUCCAAGGUUACAGAGGUUAUUUAUGUCGAAGGAUAUUGCAAAAUCUAUGAAAUGGCAUAGAGAACAACGAGUUGAUGACCAUAGUACUUUAAGACAUCCUGCUGAUUCUAAGAUGUGGAGACAAUUUGAUAAAGACCACAGUUGGUUUGCACAAGAUGCUCGCAACGUGAGACUGGGCCUAGCCAGUGAUGGGUUCAACCCGUAUAAUAAUUUGGCUAAACCCUAUAGCAUAUGGCCAGUGAUACUUGUGCCAUACAACUUACCUCCUUGGUUAUGCAUGAAAGAUCCAUACUUAAUGCUAUCUUUGCUUAUUCCUGGACCUAAAGCACCAGGAAAUGACAUCGAUGUUUAUUUGCAACCUUUAGUUAAUGAACUACAAGAGCUAUGGGUUCAUGGUGUCGAUACGUACGAUGCUUUAACUAAGGGUCAGUUUCGCUUACAUGCUGCACUAUUGUGGACUAUUAAUGAUUUUCCUGCAUAUGCCAACCUUUCUGGCUGGAGCACAAAGGGAAAGUUGGCUUGCCCAUUAUGCAACGAGAAUACCGAUUCUAUGUGGUUGAAACAUGGAAAAAAACACUGUUGCAUGGGCCAUCGACGCUUCUUGCCAUCCAGUCACACCUGGAGAAAGAAAAAGGGUGCAUUUAAUGGAAGGGAUGAUCAUCGGUUGCCUCCUCCCGAUCUCAUGGGACAUGAUGUACUUCAUCAACACUUGCAACUUGGCAAUGUCGAAUUUGGGAAAGGUGCGAGAAAGAGAAAACGCACCCCUGCUGAAUUGAAUUGGACUAAACAAAGUAUAUUCUUCCAAUUACCUUAUUGGUCGAUGUUGCCCUUACGGCAUAAUCUCGAUAUCAUGCACAUUGAAAAAAACAUAUGCGAGAACAUUUUGGGUACGUUGUUGGAUAUUGAAGGAAAAACCAAAGACACUGUUAAUGCACGUAAGGACUUGAUGGAGCUUGGUUUAAGAAAGGAACUACAUCUACAACCUUCAUCUAGUGGGUACAAAAUGGUGCUUGGGUCCUACACGCUGGACAAACAUCAGAGGAGACGUUUUUGUGAAUGGCUUGCAGCUGUUAAAUUUCCAGAUGGUUUUGCCUCGAACAUUUCUAGAUGUGUUUCAGUUGGUGAUGGAAAGAUAAUAGGAAUGAAAAGUCAUGACUGUCACGUCUUCAUGCAAAGAUUACUUCCAGUUGCAAUCGGUGGGUUUUUCCGACCUGAUAUCCGGCUUGCAUUGACCGAGUUCAGUUCCUUCUUCAAGGCUUUGUGCGCACGGACGUUAACAUUGGAUGUAUUGAAGCAACUACAAUCCGACAUUGCUGUCAUCCUUUGCAAGUUAGAGAUGAUUUUUCCACCUGCUUUCUUCGAUAUAAUGGUGCACCUUGCCAUUCAUUUACCCCGUGAAGCUUUCCUUGCUGGGCCAGUUCAAUAUAGGUGGAUGUAUCCUUUUGAACGUUAUCUUGGAAAAUUUAAGCACUAUGUCAGAAACAAGGCUCGUCCGGAAGGCUCAAUUGCUGAAGCCUAUGUUCAUCUUGAAUGCUUGACCUUCUGUUCCUUGUAUAUCCAUGAUAUUGAGACCGUCUAUCAUCGGCAGGAGCGAAACAAGGAUAUAGAUAACCACACCGAAUCCAUUCACCUCCCUAUUUUUUCACAAAGGAUACGGCCGUGCGGCUCCCCUACCUCCAUGAAAUUGGAUCAGAGUCUAUUUUAUAAGGCAAGGUGGUAUGUGCUAAAUAAUUGUGCAGAGAUUAGUCAGUACCUAGAUGAGCACUAUACGAAGAUGAAAGAAAUGGACGCAGCAACUGUAGACCGUAGCCAUCAAAGGGAAUUUCCAGCUUGGUUUCACACACGAAUUCAAGAGUUGCGCGCGGCCAAUCCUUCCGAUGUCUCAGAUGACAUAUAUGCACUAGCUUGUGGACCAGAUCCAUGGGUUUCUUCUUUUUCUGCCUGCAUCAGUAAUGGAACCAGAUUUCACACCGAGUCUCGUGGUAAACACCGCCGAACCCAAAAUAGUGGGGUGGUUGUUAAAGGGGAACACCAAUCAAAGGCUGUCGAUUUCUACGGAGUAUUGAUUGACAUUUUGCAAUUAAAAUACAUGGGUUGGCGUCAUGUAUUUUUGUUUAGAUGUGAGUGGUUUGAUGUCGGUGAUGCAAGGAGGGGAAUACAUGUUGGGGACCACAUAACCAGUGUCAACACUUCUAGAAAAUGGUAUAAGGAUGAGCCAUUCGUGCUUGCCUGUCAAGCAGCCCAAGUAUUUUAUCUGCAAGACAAUAGUAAACGUGGUAAUUGGUCCGUCGUGCAAAGGGUGACAAGUAGAAACACGUACGAUGUUCCAAUUAUACCAUCCGAACAAGGUGAUGAGGAUGAUGAUCAGAAUCUGAACUACGCUGCUUUUCAAGAGAACGAACCAUCAUACGCAGUGUUAGAACCAGAAGAGGAUGAUAAUGGGAUUAGUUCUCCCUUGCAUAGGACUGACGUAGAACCAAUCGAUGUUCCUGGUGAUACAGUUUUGGGGGACGCAAUACCCACUCCCGGUGAUGAUGACUUCAUUGAUGACGAGUUAGAUGAAAACGAUGAUUAUGAGAGUAGUAGUAGUGAAGAUCUUGUUACAGAUACUGGGACUUCGUCUGACGAUGGUGAGUGAGGCUACCAAGUGAUGUUCGGAUCCCUAGCGAUGC